ACAAACCCUGACUCUCCAUAAACUCUAUUGAAUUUCAUCUAUUCCCAAGUAUUGUGCUUGUAGCAAGCUACUGAAUCAAUCAAUCAAUCAUGGACACAAUCACAAGCAUGGUAGCUGAGAAGCCUGUGGUGAUAUUCAGCAAGAGCACAUGCUGCUUGUGCCACUCUGUGACAUCACUGAUACGUAACUUUGGAGCAAACCCAACAGUUCAUGAGCUUGAUACAAUGGCAGAGGGGCAGCAGAUUGAGGAAGCGUUGCUUCAAAUGGGGUGCAGACCAAGUGUGCCAGCAGUGUUCAUAGGACAACAAUUCAUAGGUGGCUCCAAGAAAAUCAUGAGCCUGCAUGUCCGGAACUAAUUAGUGCCAAUGCUGAAGGAUGCAGGGGCUAUAUGGGUUUGAGACAAAUUAAUGAAGUUCUAUAUAUAAACAAGAACUUUUACAUUUGGGAGCUGAAUAAGAUGGUUUUGCACUGAUUGCU